AUGGGGUUUUGUGCAGGACCUUAUGCUGGUGAUGGUUGCACUGUGUGCCAAGGUCCUGCUUGGGUGAAAGACAUUCAAAUCAACAAACAGCUCAGUAACAUACAGUUAUUCUGCAAGCUGGAGUCACCAGAGUCCUCAACCACGGCCACUGCCGUACAAUCAGAAAAGAGCUCUGUCCCUAAGAACAAGAAGAACAUCAAGAUGUGGUUUAGCCCAAAAAGUCGCAAAAUACGCUGCUGUAUUGAGAAACCUGCUGGAUCAAACAAAUCAAAUGGAUUCCAGGGAAUGGAAGCCACUUCGUCUGAACCUAAGGACCUGUCUGUCUUCAACUUCACCUCUUCCUCCCAGGAAUCUGGCUCAUCCACUCCUCCACGGAGGAAGGCAAAUAAGAAAACAAAGAAAAAAAGGAGCCAAGUCUACAGAAAAGCCAGCGGUGGUCAAAGACCCACAACACGGACUCAGACUAUGCAGGAAUGUAAGAGGCUGAAGCUAGAAGCUAUCAAUCAGCAUUGGGCCAUUGGAAAACAGGCUGCUAUAGACAAGAAGGAUGAAGAGCAUGAGAAACUGAGCUCUGGAGAUGAAUACAGGGGGUCCGGUAAGAGAGUUUCUUUUCUUUUCCCUCGCAGCCAGCCCGAGGAGACUCAUAAGGCUCCUCACCAAGGAGAGAAUCAAAUUCCCAGUCCCCAAAAAAGCAUAUUAAGAAAUAUGGAAAUUGAAAACCGUGAAAAGCAAAACUGUGCAACUUUGAGUUCAUCAUAUCAUGAUCAACAGGUUGUGGUUGACACUGAUAUCCCACCAGAAUCAAAUGAAAAUGCUCCAGGGCCUCCUCAGCCUUCCCUUCCUGGAACUGGUAAGAGAACAAGAGAGAAUCAGGACAGUUAUGGUCCGCAGAGUACACCAAAACAACCCAGAAAUUCAGGACGGAAGAAUAGGUUAUCUAAAGAAGGAACUGAAGACCCCUCUCAGAGGACAUCCAGACAGUCCAAUGAGAAGCAGAAUGUGAAGCCAAUCACACCAGCUACCCCUGACCUCAGGAGGAAGUCUCCCAGUGUGAGACGAAAUCAGACAAGUCCCUCUUUCAUGAAGAGGAACCACAAUGGAGAGACGCCACUGCACUUAGCUGCCAUAAAGGGUGAUGUGGAGGAGGUCCGUAAGCUCCUUGCUCAGGGAGCUGACCCCAACCUGAAGGACAACGCAGGCUGGACACCACUGCACGAGGCCUGUAAUCUCGGUCAUCUGGGAGUGGUGGAGGAACUGCUUCAGCAGGGGGCGCUGUUGAACACACCAGGUUAUCAGAACGACUCUCCACUGCAUGAUGCCAUCAGGAACGGCCACAUAGCGGUGGUCAAGCUCUUGGUUGAACGAGGCGCGUCCCAAAGUGUUCUAAAUAUGCUUGGCCUGCGGCCGGUGGAUUAUGCACUGACUCCAGAAAUGCAGGAGGUCCUAAGAAUGGCCCCGGAAGCUUUAACAACCACCCUGAGGCCCCGCGCCAGCCUCAAUAAGGCUGCAGGCUGUGUGCGGGAGACGGGUCCAGUGGUUCUGAUUGGCAGUCAGCUGACGCAGACUCAGCAGAAGCAGCUCUCCAAAGCCGCUCAACUCCUUGGAGGAAAACAAGUGAAGUCCUUUUCAAGUGCAGUCACCCAUGUGGUUGUACCAGAUGUUCCCAUCAUGCCCUCUAUCCUGACCACACUGCAGGGAGUCCUCAACGGCUGCUGGAUGCUCCGUUUCAGCUGGGUGUGUUGUAGCCUUCAGGCAGGCAGCUGGGUCGGGGAGAGCGAGUACGAGGCAGGUGACGGCCCCCUGCGUGCCCGUGCGAACAGAGGCAGCCUGCUGCCUCCACUCUUUGAUGGCUGCUUCUUCUACAUGCUGGGCUCCUUCUUCAAACCGCCUAAACAUGAGCUCCUUCAGUUAGUGAAAGCAGGAGGAGGUCAGCUUCUGAAUCGCCAGCCCAAGCCUGACAGUGAUGUCACGCAAACCCUGAGCGCAGCGGCCUACCACGCUCAGCCAGGUUCAGACCAGAUUCUCUGCACCCAGUAUAUCUUAUAUGAUCCUCAGAACUCCUACAAACCCCAGAAGGUCCGAGUAGGUAAGGUGUGGUCGGCUCCAUCCACGUGGCUUCUGGGCUGCAUAGCUGCCUUCCAGCUCCUGCCUGUGCCGGAGCCCUAGACCAACAUAUCCUUGCUGUACAACUGUUUCAACUUCAUGACAUCAAAUAAAACCUAUUAUCUGCAUAAAAGAAAUUC